AGAGAGUUAGGAAGUGACGCAAGAAACUGGGAUCUACCCAGAGAAGGGAAAAGGAUCAGAGAGGGAAUAAGUGAAGAAAGGUAAAAACGCAACUGAAACACACACAAAAAAUUGUGCAGUGUAUGGAGAACGUGCUGUGAUGGAUCGAACGUGUCCAAAGUGGUUUGCGAAGUUUUGUGCUGGAGAUUUCUUGCUGGACGAUGUUCCAUGGUUGGGUAGACCAGUUGAAGUUGAUAGCGAUCAAACAGAGAACAUUAAUUGAGAGCAAUCAACGUUAUACCACACGGGAGAGAGCCGACAUACUCAAAAUAUCCAAAUCAAGCGUUGAAAAUCAUUGGCACCAGCUUGGUUCUGUUCAUCGCUUUGAUGUUUGGCUUCCACAAGAAGUUACACCGGAAAAGCCUUCUUGACCGUAUUUCUGCAUGUGAUUCUCUACUUGAACAUAAUGAAAACGUUCCAUUUUUAAAACAAAUUGUGAUGGGUGAUGCAACGUGGAUACUGUACAAUAAUGUGGAACGGAAGAGGUCGUGGGGCAAGUGAAAUGAACCACCACCAACCACACUGAAGGCCAGGCUUCAUCUAAAGAAGGUGAUGUUGUGUAUAUGGUGGGAUUAGAAGGGAGUCCUCUAUUAUGAGCUCCUUCUGGAAAAUCGAACGAGUAAUUCCAACAAGUACUGCUCCCAAUUAGACCAAAUGAAAGCAGCGCUCAUCGAAAAGCGUCUGGAAUUAGUCAACAGAAAACACAUACUCUUCCAUCAGGAUACCACAAGACCGCAUGUUUCUGUGACGACCAGGCACAAGCUGUUCCAGCUCGGCUGGGAGGCUCUGAUUCAUCCGCCGUACUCACCAGUCAUUGCGCCUUCGGAUUUCCAUUCGGUCUUUACAAAAUUCUCUUAAUGGAAAAAAUUUCCAUUCCCCAGAAGACUGUAAAAGGCACCUGGAACAGUUCUUUGCUCAAAAAGAUAAGAAUUUUGGGGAAGACGGAAUUAUGAAGUUGCCUGAAAAAUGGCAGGAGGUAGUGGAACAAAACGGUGAAUACGUUGUUCAAUAAAGUUCUUGGUGAAGAUGAAAAAUAUGUCUUUUGUUUUUACUUAAAAACCUAAGGAACUUUUUCACCAACCCGGGACUAACUACUGGGAUGACCAAACUCUACCUUCUGAGACCUCCCGUCCCCUCGCCUCAGGAAACAAUGCCGAUUUCACUGACAGGAAUCAUCGGACAGCAGCCCCUCAGACUCCUGUCCUCUCAAGCAGCACCACGGCACCCGGGUCCUCCUGACGCCUGUGAUAUGGGGCCAGGAGCGGCGCGUGGUGGGGGGGCGGCCCUGGGCAGGGAGCGCAGAAGGGCAGGUAGAUGGUGCCCACGUCGGGACGCCAGCAGGUGCGCGGGGUCUUCCUGUUUCUGAAUCCCCUCCAGGUCCUCCCCUCCCCUACCCCAGCCCCUCUGGGCCCUCACCACACAGCAGCAUCUGGGUAAGGCCGCGUCACUCCUCGGAUGGAUGAACGUCCCCCAGUGCUUCCACUGCGCUUACAACAGAAGCCGCCUCCCGCUGCGGUCCAGGGCCCUGCAACUCCCCCACCUCGCCUUGCACCUCGGCCCCGCCCUCCUUUCCGCUGCCGGACCAGCCCCUCCAGGACUGCUGCUCCUCGCAGGACUUUGCUGACCACUCGGCGCCCCGUUGGGGCAGCUGUUAUUCACAGCGCCGCUCUGGGUGACAGCUUUUCAUGUCUGUUUACCUGCUUUUCCCUCCCCACUAGCAGGUGAGCUUUAAGGGCACACCUUAGGCGUAGUCCUUUGAUCCAGAGCAGUACCUGCAACAUUGUCAGUGUUGGGGAGGGUCUCCUGCAGACCGCGCUCCGAACGGCCGGGGCCCCGCCCACCGCGCCCCGCCCACCGCGCUCCGAAAGGCCCGGGCCCGCCCAACGCGCUGCCAGCGCCCCGCGGAACUCUGCUACGCAGACGUGUUUCGCGGGGAGCGAAUUCGGCGUCGGUCCUGAAGCCCUCCUCAGGGUCUGGCUGCGGCUGCAGCGCAUGGCGGCUCCAGGACAUCCUGCUCGGGAGACAUCGGCAGCCCCAGGGCACCCUACGUGCAGUGACGCUGCCUCCAGGGCCAAGAAACAAAAGAAGAAGAAGAAAACCCGGAAUGGGGCCUCUGCGGCUAAUGGAGGCGGGAAAGCCACAGAAUCGCCGGCCUCAGAGGAAGCCCCCCUAAGUGCGGAGGCCCAGGCGGAGCAGCUGGCCCGGGAACUGGCCUGGUGCGUGGAAAAGCUGGAGCUGGGGCUGAAGAUGCAGAGACCCACCCCUAAGCAGAAAGAGCAAGCUCUUGGGGCAAUCCGAACCCUGCGCAGCCGAAGAACCCCCCUGCCCCGGAAGAGGCAGCUGAUGCACUCCUUGUUCGGGGACUACAGGGCUCAGAUGGAAGCCGAGUGGUGCGUGGCCCUGCGGGCUCUCAGGACUGCUGCCCACUCAGUCCAGGUGCAGCCUGUAGGUGAGGCCGCCAGAAAGAAGAGCCAAAGGGUCUGCAGGCCUCGUCUAACAGGGAGAGCCAAGGACACCCGAGACACUCCUGAUGAAGAGUUUAGGUUCAAUUUCUUUUAGCCUCUUCCCCAUUCUGGAACGAUUCUCCUCUGCGGUUGGUGCAGGGGUUUGUCUUGAGUGCAGAGCUUUCCAGGAAUGCUCUGUCAGACAGAUGUGGGGUUGCUCUGUCCCUGGCUGGUCAGUGAAUCUGGUGCCAUGGCUGUUGGGAAGAUGCAAGACCUGCAUGUUGGGUACUGACCUGACUGUCAGACAAGCCCAGGACCCCGUUUAUAGGUUUUCAGCUGAAAUGUCUCUCCUGCCAGAAGAGGGCGGUCCAUUCAGAAGUUUCUACAGUAAACUGAAGUGAGUGUUUAGCAUGUUGUAGAAGGACUCUUUUAACAGGCUUAGGAGCAGACUAAGUAGAUGUUGGUAAUAAGGAUUAGUAGGGAAGCAACAUAGUUAUGCACUGGUGCUCACUUAUGGGAGGAUGUUCUGUCAGGUGGUGUAGAGCUCCAUGCCAAUUGUGUC